AAGCCAGACAAACAAUUGGAACCCAAACAAUUCCUCUCCCCUUCCAAAUCCGCAAGCAAAAGCAGAGUCUUCUGUCAAUUGGUCUGAGCCAUGGCGACGGAAAGCUGCACCACGGUUUCAGAUCUGGCGCUCGGCGCACGGUUCCGCCCUGCUCGAGUCUGCGGAAAACGACGCCUCCUUUCAGAAGUAAAUCCUCCUACUCCAGCGAUUAGCAAACUGGGAGACGAUCUCCUCACAGAAAUUCUGGUUCGCGGUUUCCCGAAUCCUAGAUCCGCCUGCCGGAGCAGAGCCGUAUGCAAGCAAUGGAGAUCCCUGAUUUCCGAUCCCUGCUUCGGUCGCCGUUUCCUUUCUUACCACCAGAGCAUGAACACCCACCCUCAGCUUCUUCACUCAACCGACAAGGAAUCUGCCUUACUGAGCUUUAUCCCCUGGCCCGCCGAUUGCGCCUCCGAUAUAGAGUACGAGCUGACACGUUUCGCAGUUUUUGAUUGCUUCAAGGACCUGCUUUUAUGUGGCUUUUGGGAACCAGGAGAUGGUUCUGAGUAUCGGUUCCGGGUGGUGUGCAUAUACCAAGAUGUGAAUUCUAUGAAACUAGAUGUGUUCUCUUCGGAGUCUGGAGAAUGGACCAAGGAGGCGCUUGUUCUUCAAGUGGUUGAUGAUUUAAGGAAGCUACUCUUGGACGAAUAUGCAUACCAAUUAGUUCGUGUUCUCCUGUUUUCAGGUCGAAGUCCAGAACAAUUGAACUCUGCUGCAAUGUACUUGUCUGAAGUUGACAAAUGGUGGGUGUCCACAGACUUGAAGGCUGCUCAUAUUAGCUCGGUCGAUCCUGUUUGUGGAGCAAUUUAG